UCAGGGUGAGACAUUAUCUGGUCACUGCGGUAGACAGAAGAAGCCAUGAGAGACUGAGCCCCUGCAGGAGGAAAACUACAGAGAGCAUCGCAGGAUGGAGAAGAAAGUCCUGAGACAGGUUGGCUCAUGUCUGGUGGGACGUGGUUCUUGGGAUCCUUGCAGCUUCCUCUGGACAGGGAGGUCGCGUAUGUCCACGGCUCCGCUGGUCCAGGAAGCCACCUCAGAUGUCACCUCCAGCAGCUCAGUUCUGCCUUUCCACUCCAUCCCCAGCACCGGACGCAAUGCCUGGUUCAACCUCCUCCAGUUCUGGAGGAAAAACAAUUUCCAGCGCAUGCACCACGUCAUGGAGGAGAACUUCCACCAGCUGGGACCAAUAUACAGGGAGAACUUGGGGACGCACAGCAGUGUGAACAUUAUGCUUCCUCAGGACGUUGCCCGACUCUUCCAGUCUGAAGGUGUCUUUCCUCGUAGGAUGACCAUCGAUGCGUGGGCGACCCACAGGGAGAUGAGAAACCACAAAUAUGGUGUAUUUCUGCUGAAUGGGGAAAGCUGGAGAUCUGACCGAAUCAUCCUGAACAAGGAGGUUCUGAGCAUGGCUGGGGUCAAGAAGUUCAUGCCCUUCCUGGACGAGGUCGCCACAGACUUCAUGUCCAUGAUGAAACGGCGACUAAAUAAAAAUACCAGAGGAGCCCUGACUGUGGACCUGUACGCGGACCUCUUCAGAUUCACACUAGAGGCCAGCAGUUAUGUCUUGUAUGGGCAGCGUCUUGGACUCCUAGAGGAAAAUCCAAAUCCAGAAUCACUGCGGUUUAUUAGCGCUGUGGAGACCAUGAUAAAGACCACCCUCCCGCUGCUCUACUACCCCCACCAGCUAAUGCGGCUCUCGGACAGCGGUGUAUGGAAUGAACAUAUGAAGUCCUGGGAUAUUAUAUUUGAGCAAGGACCACUCUCCGCCCUGCCGGCCUCCCCCACCUCUCCAGGACCACUCUCCACCCUGCUGGCCUCCCACAUCUCUCCAGGACCACUCUCCACCCUGCCGGCCUCCCCCGGCUCUCCAGGACUACACUUUGCCCGGCCAGCCUCCCCCGGCUCUCCAGGACCGCGCUCCGACCUGCUAGUCUCCCCCAGCUCCCCAGGACCACUCUCCAGCCCCUGA